AUGAAUGAGAUUAAUAUCUCAAAAAUGGCUGAUUUAACUAAAAUAGAGGAGCAAGAAGCUGAGAAGAGCUUGUCUGAAGAAGUAGAAAGAAAAUCUCAUACUCUAGAGAAAGAUUCAGGUAUCAAUUUGGAAGCCAAGGGCUCAACUUCAGAUACAGGGCAUUCCACUGAAAAUGAACUUGCUAGUGAUAAUCAGGACAACACAGCAAAAAAGAGGAAAUUAGAUCCUGAGGAUGACACUCCAAGGAAAAAAAAGCAGAUAGGCCAUGGGCAGGCUGUAGCUGCGCAUUAUAAUGAACUUCAAGAAGUUGGAUUAGAUAAACGCAGCCAAAGUCGCAUAUUCUACCUCCGCAACUUUAAUAACUGGACAAAGAGUGUCCUCAUUGGUGAAUUUAUAGACCGGGUACGACAGAAGAAGAGUGAUAUAACUGUUUUGGAUCUAGGAUGUGGCAAAGGUGGAGACUUACUUAAAUGGAAAAAAGGCAGAAUUAAAAAACUUGUUUGUACAGAUAUUGCUGACAUUUCUGUGCAGCAGUGCAAGCAGCGGUAUGAGGACAUGAAAGGAAGAUGUCGCUAUAAUGAUUAUAUUUUUGAUGCAGAAUUUAUACAAGCGGAUAGUACCAAGGAUCUCCUGGCUUCCAAAUAUGAUGAUCCAUAUAUAAGCUUUGACAUUUGCAGCUGUCAAUUUGUUUAUCAUUAUUCAUUUGAGACAUAUGAGCAGGCUGACAUGAUGCUUAAAAACGCUUGUGGGAACCUCUCUCCUGGGGGCUAUUUUAUUGGGACGACUCCAAAUAGCUUUGAGCUUAUAAAACGACUUGAAGCUUCAGAAACAAAUUCAUUUGGAAACGAUGUUUACAGUGUAAAAUUUGAAAAGAAGGGAGAUUAUCCCUUGUUUGGCUGCAAGUAUGACUUCCACUUAGAAGAGGUGGUUGAUGUUCCUGAGUUCUUGGUUUAUUUUCCAUUACUGGAAGAAAUGGCGAAGAAGCAUGGUAUGAAAUUAGUCUACAAAAGGACAUUUCGGGAAUUCUAUGAAGAAAAAAUCAAGAAUGAGGAGCACAAAAUGCUGUUAAGGAGAAUGCAGGCCUUGGAGCCAUAUUCUACCUUUGGUGAUUCCAGGCUUGUUUCUGAUAAACCUGAUGAUUAUGAGCAUGCAAAAGAGUUUAUCAAAGAUGGCAAGGCAAAAUUACCAUUGGGAACCUUGAGUAAAUCUGAAUGGGAAGCAACAAGUAUUUACUUGGUGUUUGCCUUUGAGAAACAACUGUGAAACUUCAUAUACCAGAUGCAGCAAGAGGAGAUCAUAUCCAUGUGCAAGUUGGAAUGGUCUAAAAUCCAUUGUGGCAACUAUUUUUUUAUUUUUAUUUUUUAAUUAUCAGAAGUGUGCAGGGCACUACCAAAAAAAAAAACGAGAGCAAGCUCAUGAUUCUGAGUUACAUUUGCCUGUCUGUGACAGAUGGACUUGUGUGUGUAUAUAUAAGAAAGAUUCAAAACCAGUCUUUUUAAACAUUUGUAAGCAGUCUGCAUGCCUUCAAAACUCAUAUUUGAACUUGACAGAGCUUUAUGUUCCAAACAGAUGUGUGGUUAGUAUGUUUGUGGCUACAUCCGAUCC